AUGGAGGGCUCAACACUCCCGAACGAAGCACGCACUAGCUGGGCACGGUAUCAUCUACGACGUGCGCUAGCACGCUUCCGCAUCUCAACAUACCAGCCCAGGGACGACGAGGAAGGACAAAACCUGGCACAUGUGCGGUCAGCUCUUGCCUACUCUCUACUCCUCUCUAAGGAACCUAACCAACUGCACCCGAUGCGGCGGGACGAACGCGAACGUCAUUAUACCUACUUUUCUUCGACGGUGAAGCUCGGGAUUAUACUGGACCGGGAGGUUCUGGAUCGGUCAUUGUCAAGGUUCACCUCCCGACGCACACAGCCUGCGUGA